AUGGAGGUCUUCAAGAUGAAAUCUUUAUGUCUUUUGGUCUACAUCUUUAGCCUCAUUCCCUUUGGCACAAGCAUCAUAAACCCUGAUAUUGAUAAAGGGCUGACCACACUCACAAAGUCUGAAAAGUAUGAAGAAAAUAUAUCACAGAAAGAUUUGGAAACCAUCAUCAAAUCCAACAGUCCUGUUAGCUCAGAAUCAGAAAAAGAGAAUACAAAGUCUUUGGAGAAGCCGUUGGAGGAAGCUGUCUGUGAUAUCAAGAAAGGAGAUUCAAUUUCAGGUGGACACAUCAUAUCAGCUUAUGCACCAGAGUUUAAACCAGUUAGGAAGUCAUCCUUCAGCUAUAUAUCCCCAGGCCCAGGAAAAUUGUCUGGUUUUAAUCAUCAAAGUGAUAGCCAGAACCUACAAUCAUCCUGGGUGCUUCCAGGAUGUCAUGGGAUACCUCAGAUUAUUGCAGUGGAGUGCCCUAGCACUUCAAUUCCCAGCAAUGCACAACUUGUGGAAAUGAACCCUCUAAUUCUGAAUCAAGUUCUUGAACAACAUAAUGCCAAAACCUUGGGAAUGCAAACAAAUAGUAUAGCUAAGAAUAAUGAUGAACCCAAUGAACUGGACAUGCACCAUGACAAAAAUAUGAGGUCAAGUGAAUUAAAAGACAGCACUACUGAGAAUAAACAGAUCAAUAAAUCCACUUUUGGAAGCUCCCCCAAGAUAGGGAACAAAGACAACAAAACACCAAUGCAUCACAGCGGGGAUGUAGGAUCCAGUGGUUCAGACUACAUACAUUCUGGAGGAAAAAAUCUGGACAAUCCAACAUUUGAAUCCAGCAUAUUGGAAGAUUAUGAUGAGUCUUCUUUCCCACCUUUGCCUAUAAAUCCUGGGCUACCAACUCAGGCACAAAAGGAUGAAUCAACAGCAAUAAAUGAAGGAGCAAAAAGCACAGAUAUCUCUGGACAGACUGACCACAAAGAUACAAGUAAAAAAGAUGCUGAAUCAGUGAAAAGAAGUGGGAAAAACUCAAAGACUGAUGCUGAUACUUCAGAAGAGCAAAAAUCAUGGAAGAAAGUAUUGCAACAGGCAACCCUUCAGCAGCCUCAGAAUCACAAGGGUAAAAACGUUCAAAAAAUGAAGGGGUCUGACUCAGGUUUUUCAAGUAAAUCAAUUUGGCCAAUGAGUGUGGUGAAUUCAAACAAAAAUGCAAAGGGUUUGGAUGGUGGUCUACAAAUGCCAAUGAAGUACUCUCAUGCAGGGAACCCUUUGAGCCAAGAAUGGCCAAGUAAAGAUCAUGUCAGUCACCUCUUUUAUGACAAGACCAAUGUUGUGAAAGAAAAGGAAAAGGACACACUUUAUCUUGAUUUCAAAAACUUUGGAAGGUCAGCAAGAUCAUCUUUGGAUGCAGGUGCGCAGAGUAAGAAUUCCAAGAUUCCCUCAGAAAAAAAGCUACCAGAUUUGGGAAAUAUUGGAAUUUCUAGACCAAAAGAUGUGAAUCAGCAAGCUGAAACAGAUCAGACCAUAGGUUCAGAUUUUCAAGAGAAAACCAACAAAGGAAAGCUGUUAUCUUCAGGGAAUGAAUGGAUCACUCCUAAAAAGACCAUCAAGCACACUAAGGUAUCAAAUGUAGAAUUUUCUCCAAGUUCCAUUGAGGUUGGAGGGCCUGGUAUUCAUCCCAAAUUUUCAGAGACCCCUCAGACACCCAUUGAGAUGAUCCAAGGACUAAAAACUGUUGCAAGACAUUCAAAAAACAAGAAGAAAUCAAAAGGAAAAGGCAAACCAAAAGGAAAAGCUGUUCCUGUUGAUGAUGAUGACUGGGAUAUUGAGACAUUAGACUCAAGAUCAGGAAAUCCUGCUGAAGAAAAAGACACAGAACAUGAGAGUUUUAUUAAAUAUGUUCAAGAUGAGCUUCAAAAUUAUUUUGUUCCAAUCAAUGAUUUGGAAGAUGCAAAACCUUCUUGGGGUACAAUAGAUCAACCUACCAUAAGAAUUAUAUUAGAAGACUUUCUCAGCAUAAAUAAUCAUACACCUCUCCUGAAACUUGAAUUGAAAUCCCAGAGCUUUGAUAUACUCUAUGAUUGUGAGAAGAGGGUUCCCAGUCUAUAUAACAAAGAUUACUGGACCUUUGAAAUUUAUGGUAUAUUGAAACACUUGGAUGGUGUCAGUGAUGAGGAAUUGAUGAGGCGCAGAGGUGCAUUCUUUGUGCAAUAUUUCAAGAGAAGGGAAAGCAAAAUUUUGGAUGAACAGGAGCACUCCUUAAGUGUGAAAUUAAGGAACUUGGCCAAUCUUUUGAAAUGCAGAAACCCAUUUGAAGUCUUUGUUAACGAAACUGAGGACGAGAUCGACACUUUAUUGGAGGUUGUAGAUUCUAUGGAUCAUUCUGAAUAUGAGAGACUGAAAGAGCUCUGCCUUGACGUUUCUUUCUACCAGCGUUUCUUCAUGGUCGACAUACGACAAGUCGAGUUGAGGAAUUCAUGUUCUGAGGGGUUCUUUGGAGAGGAAUUUCUACAAAAUGUGUUGAAGCAAGGCCUCAAAAUCGACUCUAUUCGACUGCUUGAGGUUUCUUUGGAACUAUCAACACCAAUCGUGUCUUGGAAAGAGCUUAGUGCAGAUGCUAUACAAACAAAAUACACACAGGUACUAAGUGCCUUGGCAGAUGCACCUUGCGCAAGACCAGAAAUCACCAAAUCAUAUUGUUUAUCUGAGGCUGAUUUAUAUUCUCGAAACCGUCAUUGGGUAGGGUCUCAAACUCAGAACCUUUUAAUAAGCGAUUCUCACCUUUGGGACCAUGUAAUCAAACGCAUCAAGUUAUUACUCUCAGCUCUGAAAGGUAAAGAAGCUCGAACUUUACGUGAAAUUGCAGGUGAAGAACAUACAGUUGAUAGCGCACAUAAAAAUGAACUCAUAUUUUAUGACGAAGCAUUUGCCGCAUUUUUCAUAGGCUUGUCAUUAUCUGAUGUGGCAUGGAUCAAGUAUUAUCAGCGGACCUUAAAAAGUUCUCCCUCUUUUAAAGGACGUAACCACAAGAAUGGUGUUUAUUGGCCAAAGACAGCUGCGAAGGCUGUUGUCGAGUUUGAAGCCUUCAAAUGUUACUAUCAGCUUCUAGGAAAGAUGUUACUGUUGGAGAAAUGA